UACAGUAAUUCAACCUGAAGGCAAUUAAAACCAACUUUAAAAUAUAUUGAGCUGGCUGUAAAGUGCGUAGUGCAACUGCACCACCAGACAGCAGAUAGAGGUCCUGGAUCUGUUUUGUGAUGUGAUCGAGGGCUGCGCCAACUUGCGCUUUUGCGCACGAUGGAGUACCUUUUACGCGAGCAGAAUAAUUGGAUCCAAAAUGUUUCCUGCAGCAACUCAAGUCGAGGAAAUGAAAGCCAUUCAGGAAACACCACAGUGAACCCUUUGAAACGAAAUGAAGAAGUGGCCAAAGUGGAAGUUACCGUCCUGGUAUUGGUGCUGCUGCUCGCUCUGACCGGCAACUUGUGCGUCCUGCGGGCCAUCCACACCACGAAACACAGCCAGUCUCGGAUGUAUUACUUCAUGAAACAUCUCAGUAUCGCAGACCUUGUUGUUGCUAUCUUUCAGGUCUUACCGCAGCUUAUUUGGGAUAUCACAUUUCGCUUCUACGGCCCGGAUUUGCUCUGCAGAUUAGUCAAAUACCUCCAGGUUGUGGGUAUGUUUGCAUCUACCUACAUGCUUGUCCUGAUGUCCAUCGACAGGUGCUUAGCAAUCUGCCAGCCACUCCGCUCCGUGCACAGGAGAAAGGAUCGCUCCUGUGUGAUCGCCUCUUGGAUGCUCAGCCUGGUAUUCAGCACUCCUCAAGCGUACAUAUUUUCCUUGAGGGAUGUCGGGGACGGUGUGUAUGACUGCUGGGGAGACUUUAUACAGCCAUGGGGAGCCAAAGCCUACAUCACAUGGAUGAGUCUCAGUAUUUACAUUUUCCCAGUGGCAAUUUUAAGCAUAUGCUAUGGCCUGAUAUGUUUUAAAAUAUGGCAGAAUUUCAAUUUAAAAACCAGAAAGGAUACUUUCCCGGCUCUAACUCAAAGGCCCUCCAAAGGAGCUCAUCCCCUCUGCCGUGUGAGCAGUGUGAGGCUUAUUUCAAAAGCGAAGAUCCGCACAGUGAAAAUGACAUUUGUAGUGGUCCUUGCCUACAUUGUGUGCUGGACCCCCUUCUUCUUUGUCCAGAUGUGGUCUGCAUGGGAUCCUGCUGCACCACGAGAAGAUGUGGCCUUCAUCAUCUCCAUGUUGUUGGCCAGUCUCAACAGCUGCUGUAACCCCUGGAUAUACAUGUUCUUUGCUGGUCACCUGUUCCAGGACCUGGCGCAGUGCUUCUUCUGCUGCUGUGGACAUUACCUGACAGCCUCCUCCUGCAGCUGUGACGGACAGUGCCGGCACAAGAGCAACUCUUACGCCAUGAAGAACACCAGCGCCAGAGGAGCCUCACACACACAUCCAGCACAGGGGGACACUGAGGGGCCAGCUGAAAGCCAUCCAGGCUUCCUGUAAUCCAGCAAUCUGGCAACAUUGCGAGUCCCCCAUUUCAAGAAUGUAAUCAUCCUCAGUGGCACUGCAGUGGCCAUUACACCAUUUUGUUUAUUGAGUUAAACAGAGAAUACAAACCUCAUGUGCACACAAUCCUCUACUCCUAGUGUGGUUCUUGUAGUUGAUGUACUGAUUUGACCUUGACAAGCAAGGAAUGAUCACAACAAUUAUCUUGAUGUUUCACAGGCUUCAAACCAAUCCAUUUGAAUGACAUUUUAAGAAGUUAGGGCAGAUUAUACAAAAGUUUUACUCUGUGCAAAUGGGCACUCAGAUAGUUGCUAUAAUGGUUGCUAAGCCUUUCAAAGCAGCAUCUCUUUGUGAACAAGAAUUUUAUAGUGAUAUUAUUAUAUGUUAUGGGUUGUUGCACCGAAUGUUGAUAUGCAUGAAUGAUAAUAAGGUAAUUAAGAUAAUACCCACUCUCAAGGCAUGGCUUAAUUUCAAUAUCUUCAUUGCAGCAGCAAAAAAAAAGACCCAUCAUCAAAGCAAAAUACACAAGGAAUGUAUUUCACAACAUAGAGGCUGCUUUCAAUGUUUUCAGCAGACUCCUGUGCUUCAGAUCAAACAGUGUUUGUCCUUUAUGAUGUCAUAUGAAAUUCACUUUGUAAAUAGUUUCCACAUCGAGUGUCUGCACAUUUUUAUCAACUCCAUCUUUUGUUUUUCAGGUGGUUAUAGCGUUUUAGGGUAAUGAGUGUACCUGAGCUUUUGAGCACACAGCAUAUUUAAUCUAGUUUAGAUCAAACUAGAAUAAUGGUUCCCCCUUGUGGCAGCACUGAUUUUCAAACAAAUUAUGUUUUCUGCUCUGUUUCUUUUGCUAUACCAACUGUCGGCUGAACAUAUGGAACAUGUCAGUAUCUGGAUCAGAUAAUAAGCAUUCUUGACUUAUUACUGUAGGUAUGUUUUAAAAUGUAAUUCUCUUUAUAUGGCUUGGAAGGAUGUCAACCAAAACAUGUGGUUCCAGGCAGUAUCCACAGGGAGUAGCUUUAGGUGAAAUAUGCCAGGGGAACUCAAUAACAAGAGUAUAACACGUGGGUAAACAUGCUUACAUCUGUUUGUCAUGGUAUAUGGGAGACAUUGUAAGUGUUUGAGUGCAAUGAAACACUCAUAUUGAACCAACAACAUUCUUUUGUAAAAGUUUGGCUUACAUCAAUAUUGAGUAAGAAAGGGGAAUAUCAAUUGAUAGACAUUUUUCAGAAAGUAAAAUCAUUGUAUUCAUCUGGUAAGAAACACUUAAUCAGCUUAACUUUUAGAUACACUUUUAAUUGUACAUAUUUGCAGCACUUAUGAUUUGUGGAUCUGAAGGUAAAGUGAAAUGGCAUGUCCAGUCUUAUUCUUUUCUUCAAGCAAAAUGUGUAAUGUGUGACGGUGACCUUAGUUUUAGCAAAAUACUUUAUACUUUACAAUCUGUUGGGCAUGGAAGUCAAAUGAAGUUGCCAAUUUCCCAAUGAUAGACAUAACAUAUCUGAGGCCCUUUCUUGACAAAUGGACAUAAAGCUGACUUAAUUCACUCAACAAUAUUUUAAAAACAGUAUGAAAGGUUGUUUAGGUAGCAUCUUUAUUGGACACACACAUUUUCAAGCUUCAAUAAUCGCAAAAUUACACAAUUCUGUAAUGCAAUUCAGUGAUAAUAAAGUAAAGAGAUUGUUUGAACCUUGACCAUACCCUUUUUUAUUUUAUUGGGGUUUUUGAGGUCUUCUCCCAGGUGUUGCUGUCGUUCCUGAUCAUCCACUCCAGGUUCCUGUUCAUUUCAGACAGAGCCCUGCUCUUUGACUCAAGGUGGAACUGAGAUAAUGAAGCACCCGAGUAAUACCAAGAUGGUGUGUGUGUGUGUGUGUGUGUGUGUGUGUGUGUGUG